ACAGCAAUUAUCGGGACAACAACAAAUAGACGAUGGACCUACUGCUGUAGACGCAUACGCCUAUCCUAAUGUGGAUCCCAACGCCAUGUAUGCAUAUGGUACAGACCCAUCUAGCUAUUAUCAGUACUAUUAUCAGCAGCAACAAGAAUAUGAUGCUGGACAGGUUUCAAAUGCAAGUGAGAGCCAGGGUAACGCUUUUGGCGAUCUAGAUGAGACAGCGAUUACGAGGUUGACGGGCAAAAGGAAAGGUCGCGACUCGGAGGUGCAAUUUAAGACAGUCAACCAACAGGAUAUACUACCAUCUGAAGAAUGGCGGUCUCAUGCACAACACAUACCAGCCCCGAAAUUUGUUAGUAAAGGCGCCACGGUAAGUUCAAUUUUCAUAGGAGAGUAAAGAAGAUAUGCAUUCUAGGCCCUAGAUUAGACCUUUUUGUUUUUUUCUGCUUGCCAAUUCAUUUUCGUUUUUUGCCAAUCAAUUAGCUCCAAGCUAGUGGACUCCAAA